AUGCACAGCGGAACCAAGUACGUGGGGGGCCAUUCCGAUAUGCUCUAUGGCCUCCUCGUCCUGAAUCAAGAGGGUGUGAAGCGAGGCUGGCUUGAGACGCUUCAGCAACAUCGUCGAACAAGCGGUGCUGUCAUGGGUAGCUUCGAGGUUUGGCUAGGUAUCAGGUCACUUCGAACUCUCGAGCUUCGAGUAACUCGACAGUCAGCCACGGCCACGGCUCUUGUUACCUGGCUGUCAGAGGGAAUUCAAGACCCCAAUAGCAUCAUCGGCAAGACCAUAGACAAGGUUGCGCAUGCAUCGCUCCAGCAUCACGAUCUGAAGAACGGCUGGCUGAAGAAGCAGAUGCCUAACGGUUUCGGGCCUGUCUUUUCCAUGUGGAUGAAGAAGGAAGAUCAUGCUCGAAGGCUACCCAGCAGGCUGUUUAUCUUUCAACACGCUACUAGUCUAGGUGGUGUCGAGAGUUUGAUGGAAUGGAGAGCCAUGAGUGAUGAGGGUCGCGAUCCACGAUUGAUGCGAAAUCAUAAUCCUUUUGCCGAUGAUGGCUUUGAUGCUGCUUUUGACUUCUUGGCACCAAUUUGGCAUACCACCAACAUUAGCCUUCACCGAACACUAUUCAGGGGAAAUAUGGGCUGGCUCAACUACAACGCAUCUGGUGUUGGGGAAGUCAUUGACAGAUUUCGAUGGGAGAACGGAUGUAUCGUUGAGCAUUGGGAUGUGGGCGAAGUCUGGCCAGCAGGACAUUAG